AUGCCGCCUCUCACCUCCAAUAUCUCUGACAAUGGUAGCCUUGACCACACUCCCAACCUACAGCUACUAGCUAAUGUCAGCGAGUAUGUCAUGGCAUCCAAAGGACACAGCAGUGACCCCCAAGAGUUUGUGGUCUACAGCGACGAUAUAAUCCAACAACCCUCCAACAACAUCACUCAAUACUGGAGAUCCAUCCCUUUCAAUACUUCCACCCCGGUUCAAGAUGUUGAUCCUCUGGAACGUGUACUACCCCACUUUCCUGGAGCAUACGCCACCCUCGUUACCCAACCUCCUAUGGGUGUUCCUAUCAAUAGCAAUCCAGCCUUUGGAUUAUGA